CGUGCCACGGGUUUGUAAGUUCGCGCAGCCAAAAAGUUUAGCAAACAAUGAGCCAACCGGCGGAGGAAAAGAUGGACGUGGACAGUGAAGGAGUUUUGGCCACCGCCAGUACAUCAGCCGCAGCGGCCGCUGUUCCUGCGAUCGCUUCAACCUCACAGGCGGUUCCAUCGCCGGCCCCGGCCGCCGCCGGUACUAGCGGUCUGGGUGGGAAAGCAUUAGCGGAGGGCAAAAAUGUAAUGGCCGGCAGUGCCACUGUGCCGUCCGUGACGUGCUCGCUUCACCCACUGGUCAUUAUGAACAUUUCCGACCACUGGACGCGUACUCGGGCGCAGAAAGGCAGCAAGCCGCUGGCCUUCGGGGCGCUCAUCGGGAAGCAGAAAGGACGAAAUAUCGAGGUGAUGAACUCUUUCGAGCUCAAGUACGAUGUGCUCAACGACGAUGACAUAGUGAUCAUGAUGGAUUACUAUCACGUAAAGGAAGAACAGUACAAGCAGGUGUUUAGUGAUCUCGAUUUUCUCGGCUGGUACACGACCGAUGCGAUUCCCACCGACAAGCACAUCAACAUUCAUAAACAGAUCUGCGAAAUCAACGAAUGCCCCAUAAUGCUCCUGUUAGAUCCGCUCAGUCGAAACAUGAACCAACUGCCCAUCUCAGUGUACGAAUCUGUGAUCGACAUAGUACAAGGUGAGGCCAUGAUGUUGUUCGUACCGCUCAGCUACACAUUGGCCACCGAAGAAGCGGAGCGUAUCGGCGUUGAUCACGUUGCCCGCAUGUCCACCAAUGAGUCGGACGAAAACUCCACCGUGGCCGAACAUCUGUUGGCGCAGUACAGCGCGAUUAAGAUGCUAAACUCGCGGGUGAAGAUCGUCUUGGCCUACAUUAAAGCUGUUGAGAGCGGUCAGCUGGAACCGAACCAGGAGAUACUGCGUAUGGCCUAUUCAUUGAGUCGCCGGUUGCCCGUGGUGCAGAAUCCUUCAUUUAAAGAGGAAUUCUAUACGCAAUCGAAUGAUGUCGGACUGAUCACUUACCUCGGGGCACUGACGAAGGUUUCGAACGAUAUGAACCAACUGGUGAACAAAUUCAACGUCCUGUAUGACCGGCAAGGAAUGGGCCGACGUUUAAGAGGAAUGUUCUUUUAGGCGUUUUGAACGUCAGCCGCUGCCGCAGGUUCAUUUUUCUUUUGUUCAAUCACCCUCUUAGUUGCCUUCAAAAUAUUCAUUUUUUUUUAUUACAAUCUGCUAGCCCACAAAAUUCCCGGCCAAAGCCUAGCGCAAUCAAUAAACGCUCCCAACUCGUCUACGAUUGGUGCCGCACAUAAUUACUAGCUUACUGAAAGAAACCAUUUGCGUAGAGGAACGGGCGGACCAAACUGGAGGA